UGAUUUCCGACAUGAAUUGCCGAUCACUGGGUCCUCUGGACCAUAACGCCCCGCACAACAUUCCCCAGAGUAUGAUUUUUCUGAGUCUGAAGCAGGAUGUUCGGCCGAGCGAUGCAUUCACUCAGCUCCAAGAUGGAUUGCGUUUGACUUUGCAGCGCAUGCCUUGGCUGGGGGGAACAAUACAUUGGCAAUCGCCAGAAACUCCCGGAUGGCGCCCCGGUACGCUAGAGAUUCGCUACCCAAAUUCAAUCGCGAAUACGGACUUGUUGCGGCUGAAAGAGCUCAACACGUCCAAAUCAUACGGCCACCUCCGAGAUGCCGGCUUUCCGCUGGACGCGUUCGACGAUGAGGAAAUCAUCUGGACUAGGCCGUGGAGCUCGAAUUUCCAUGAAGGGGUGCCCGUCUUUGCGGCCCAGGCGAAUUUUUUACCGGGAGGUUGUAUUCUUGCUUUCUCCAUCCCAUCGCCAGCGUCUGACGGGACCGCUAUGCUUAUGAUAAUCAACCUCUGGGCCGAUUUCUGCAGCGGGGACCCCAUUCUUGCGAGCCAGAUGUGGAACCUCGCUAAGGGCUCAGCAGUCGAGGAUCAUAGCAUCAGCCGUUCCCUCCUUGACCAAGUGCUCACUGAAGAAUCAAUACCAAAAUCUCAGACUGGGCAUCGCACGUUACAUCAACUGGUUGGUAUGGAUCCAAUACCAGAUCAGGAUACCAGAUCCGACGGAAAUGCCAUGCAACAUGUCAUCUUCUACAUGCCCCAUAAGGCUUACACGGCCCUUCGGAAGGAUUGCGUCGAGCAGUACGGUGAUAGGGCUAUCACCGGCAAUGAUCUCAUCUGCGCCUUUAUCUGGCGUAGUCUCAUGAGGGCGCAAAGAGCCACUAAGGCCCAUGAGUUCAAAGAGAAUUCCUCGACGAUGACCGUACUUCUACGACCGUUUGAUGCACGACCGCACGUCGCCAAGCUGCUUCCGAGCAUGUACUUGGGCAACCUCAACUUCGAGAGCAGGAUCACCAUGCCCCUUAGCAGCCUCGUCGAUCCGAACACGAGUAUUCCCUCCAUUGCGCAUAUAAUCUCGAAAAGCUUGGAUAUUCAGACUACACAAGACAAUCUUGCAAACGCAUACAGGCUUCUGCGGUCUUCUCCGGACUAUGGCCAAGUGCAGUGGGGAGCUACGCAUGCAACCGGCACUACAGUAGGCAUCCUAUCACCCAUUGUCCUUCCUUUCAACGAUACCUGCUUCGGUAUGGAUGUUUUUGGCAACGGUGGCAGGCCGGAUGCUUUUCGCCCGAUCAUGGGCGCCUCCAACCGGCCCUUUCGUACGAGCUUCGUGAUUCCUCGCAAGAAGCACGGGGGUGUCGAGUUUGUCAUGACUGUCUCGACCGAGGAGUUGGGCUUUCUGUGCGACGAUGCGGAGUUUAAUCGUUUUGGGUUUUCCCUCCAGCAGUAA